AUGGCGGAGGUGGCUCGCGCGGGGGCGCCCGCCGCGGCUUUCUCGAGCCGCCCGCGCACCGUCCGCAUCGCCGGUGGUGGCGCGCCCUCCCCCUACCCCUCUACCUCGUCGCGUCCGACCCGAUGCCCCCGUCGCCGGCGGGGUCUCCUCGUCCCCUUCGGCUGUCGCGCGUCGACGGAAGCGUCGUCGCCGUGGCCGCUGCUCGACGCCGUGGAGGACGAUCCCGAUCCAUCCGAACCCCCGAGGACGACGCCAUCCUCCGCGGGCGCCGCGCACUGGACCGUGAGCGAACCCAUGUCGCGCGACACGGACGCCGCGAGUGCGGUCGCCUCGACCGCCGACGUGUCCCGGGAGUUGGCUGCUGAGCUUCUGGACGUCGGGGCCGUGUACGCGGAGUGUUGGCCGGAGGGCGAGGGCGAGGGUAAGCCGACGCGGUGGAGGCGCAUCGCGGACAGGAAGAUCGUGGCGAAAGGCGAGGUCAUACGCGUGCACAAGCGCCCGCGACGGUACCGUCACGCGUGCUGGCUCGGCGCCGACGCGUGGCGUCACCGCGUGGUUCACGAAGACGACGCGAUCCUCGUGGUGAACAAACCGCACAGACUGCCGUCCAUGGCGCACGAGUCCAACGGAGUCGAGCACUGCGCCGGGUGUCUCGAGCGUUCGCUGGGGUUAUCGCCGAGUACCCUGCGGGUGACGCACAGGCUGGAUAGCUCCACGUCCGGUGUGCUGGUGCUGGGUAAGACGGCAACGGCGGUGAGGGAGUUUAACGAUUCGGUGGCGAAGACGCCCGGGUCCAAGGAAAUCGUCAAGUCUUACGCGGCGCUAGUUUAUGCUAAGCACGCGGUGCCUCUGGGGUUGAUGACGCACUGGAUGUACCCCGGGCCGUUCGGGCCGGGGGCGUUCCACGGGCGAACGUUGCGAAGGUCGCGGGCUCGACUUGUUCGAAGCAGCGCGGACGGUGAAAGGGGCGACGAUACCGGUGGCCAAGGCACCGGGAAGCGGUGGAAGCGGUGCGAGCUCCGCGUCGUUUCGUGCGACCGCGCGACCCAAUCGCAGGUGGACACGUGGCGAACGCUCUUCGACCGCGAGCUCGAACGCGCGAGGAAGCCGUUCGACGGCGGUGCUGAUGACCCGCUCGUGUCGGGCGGUGACUCACCGGGCGGUGACUCACCGGGUGCGUCGGUGUGGGCGGUGCGGGUGGAGUUGGUGACUGGUAGGACGCAUCAGGUUCGAGCUCAACUCGCCGCUGCGGGCGCGCCUCUUCUCGGGGAUUCGCUCUACGCGCCGAUGGCGGGCUACCUUCACGACCGCGACGACGAACGCGCGGCGGAGGAGGCGUGGGGACGGAUGGAGCGCGGGACGGUGCCGGACUGGCCCGUCGCGCUGCACGCGGAGACGUUGCGGUGGGGGGAUUCCGUGUUUUCGACCUCGCCACCGUGGGACUAACUUAUAAGCGUGACGACGGGAGCGUAGACUAUUCAUCGCCGGCGUCUAUUCCGACGGCUCGCGACCUCAUUCCAACCCAGCGCCGCUACCA